AUGCGUCUAACAUCUACUGUGAAAUUUCUAGUUCUCAUCGUCGCGUUUGCUACGCAAUGCGUGUACGCCAAAUCGCGGAAUGGAUACGAUGCUCGAAAAGCAUGUUGCAUCUUAAUAGAUACUGUUGCAAACGGAUUGAAAUUUAUCUUAAAUACAAACAAAACUGAACACGAAAAGAUUAAAGGGAGAGACGAAAAUGAUCAAAAUAAAGAGCUAAGAAUACAAGAACUAUAUCGAAAAGUAUACGAAGAAGAUACAAAGGAUUAUGGACAAAAAUACAGUAACAAGACGAACUUCGACAACGGUAAUCAUAAAUCGAUAAGAAAACACAAAAGUAAGAAACAUCGCACAAAGCACUGUGAUGGGAAACGUCAUCGACACAAUCGUCAUCGAAAUGAGACCAACGAUGUAUUACCGGAAUCCGAUGCAGUGAUAGUAUCAACCAUCAACAACCCACAACAGAUAACGAUAAUCCAUGAGAAAUGCGAAAAAGACAAUGUGAUAAUUCCACAGAAUACUUCUCCAGAAAUGAAAAUCAUACCAUAUACAAUUACGGCGGAUAAAUUAAAAAAUAAUACUGAUUUGCGAAAAUUCAAGACUAUAUCUCAAAAACAAGAAAACGUAAGCGACGAUAUCGAUACUGAUACUGAAAAAUUACAGAAUAAACAAAAUGUUGAUGGUAUGGUAUGUAUAUGUGUAUACGGUCAUAUGUAAGCGUUAUAUAUAUUAUAUUGUAAUAUAAUAUUAUUUUGUAUAAAUAUCUAUUACAUAAAUUUUACGUUAUUAUAUAACGAUUGAAAUUGUAAACUGUUAUAGUAGAUUAACUGUCUAAUUUAUUGUA